AUGUCUAAGGAAGAAGUCCGCGUUCUGGGCAUGCCGCCCUUCAUGGCCGACUUCCUCAUGGGAGGUGUCUCUGCCGCCGUCUCCAAGACUGCUGCUGCCCCCAUCGAGCGUAUUAAGCUCCUCAUCCAGAACCAGGAUGAGAUGCUUAAGCAGGGCCGUCUGGACCGCAAGUACGAGGGUAUCGCCGACUGCUUCAAGCGUACCGCUGCCGACGAGGGUGUCAUGUCCCUGUGGCGUGGUAACACUGCCAACGUCAUCCGUUACUUCCCUACCCAGGCACUGAACUUUGCCUUCCGUGACAAGUUCAAGAAGAUGUUCGGCUACAAGAAGGAGAAGGACGGCUACGCCAAGUGGAUGGCUGGUAACCUGGCCUCCGGUGGUGCCGCUGGUGCCACUUCCCUCCUCUUCGUCUACUCCCUGGACUACGCCCGUACCCGUCUGGCCAACGACAACAAGAACGCCAAGAAGGGUGGUGAGCGCCAGUUCAACGGUCUCAUUGACGUCUACCGCAAGACCCUUGCCUCCGACGGUAUUGCCGGUCUCUACCGUGGCUUCAUGCCCUCCGUCGCCGGUAUCGUCGUCUACCGUGGUCUGUACUUCGGCAUGUACGACUCCAUCAAGCCCGUCCUCCUCGUCGGCACCCUCCAGAACAACUUCCUCGCCUCUUUCGCUCUCGGAUGGCUCGUCACCACCGGAGCCGGUAUCGCCUCUUACCCUCUUGACACCAUCCGUCGUCGCAUGAUGAUGACCUCUGGUGAGGCCGUCAAGUACAAGGGCACUUUCGACGCCGGCAAGCAGAUCGUCGCCAAGGAGGGUGUCAAGUCUCUCUUCAAGGGUGCUGGUGCCAACAUUCUCCGUGGUGUCGCCGGUGCUGGUGUCCUGUCCAUCUACGACCAGCUGCAGGUCCUGCUCUUCGGCAAGGCCUUCAAGGGUGGCUCUGGCUAA